GCUAUUGUGUGGUUUUCUGUUUUCUUCUCUGCAUAAAAUUCAUUUACCAUUAGCUAAAUUCAUUCCUGGUUCCUUUGAAAAAGUCUAGAAGUUUAAUAGAGGAUAAGUAAGAUGGCAAAACGAAAAGGAAUGAAACCACUCAACUUGGACUGCUCAGACGACAGUGAACCAGAAGAACCCGGCUCUCCUGUGCGAGCCAGUGAGGCAGAACUGAAGAACAGAGUCGUCAAAGUUGCACGUAGACGCCUAACGAAGCAACCACCAGCAGGUGGAGUUUUUGGAUCCUUAAGUGCUGCAGCAUGUCUCAAGUCGCAACCGCAAAUAAAUCUGGAAUCAACCUUCGCAUUCCUCAAGAAAGGUGGUACAGGAACGUUGGCGCCGGUUUCUGGCAUUGGUGCUUUUAAUGCUCUCAACGGGAAUUCAUCCUCAAAUGCAGAGAAAAGUAUCCAGUCUUCCAAAAGUUCUACUCCGCUCCCUAAAACUGAUUCAUCUUCUAAAAUGGCAAGGACAGACAUCGUUGAACCAAGUUUGAAACGUGAUAACAAUCAACCUCCUGUGAAGUCCAACCAAUCUGUGUCAGCCAAUGGAGACGAAAAGGUUUCAUCGUCUGUAGAUGUUAAAGAUCUUUGUGCAAAAGAUUCAACCAAUCCAAUCCUUGAGCAGGUGAAAAUUUUGAAUAUUGAGUGUCUCCAAUGGGCUCAACAACAUAUCGAUGAAGAUCCCAUGAGUGAUCUCAGGCCUGUCUUUAAAGAUUACAAUCAAUAUUUUGAAUCGAUUCUGCAAGAAUAUCACAAAGCUGAAGGCAGCAAACCAAAAGAGUCAAACGCAUCAUCAGAAACUCUAGCCAAGCUUCAAAACCACAUCAAGACAAAGAAUCAAGCAGAAAAUAAUAAAGAUAGCGAUAAAACGGAAGGUUCUAGUUCAAGUAACAAUUUUUACAGCCCAGACUCAAAUGCUGAGAUAAAAAGCAAAAUCUCUCAAAGCCUAAAUCGCCUUAGCUACUUUUCAUCCCUCCUCGAUAAAAAUAAUAGUUCUAGCGAAACAAAUUCUGAUUCGAUACCUACACCUCAGGUUUCAUCACCAUCUAUCCAAAAAGCUCCGGAUGCCACUCCAAAACUAUCCAACCCGAUUAGCUCACCCAAAUCUGAAUCAAAUAAAAAAGUAGAGUUUUCAUUUGGUCGUCCCUCUAGUGACUCUCCAAAACCACCAACUUUCCCUAUCAGUUCACCCAAAUCCGACUCAACUCCAAAAGUAGAUUUUUCAUUUCGUCGUCCGUCGAGUGAUUCACCAAAACUGUCAAAUUUUGCUGAUUCAGCAGACAAGUCUGCAACCUCUGAAACAGCUGGAGGCAGCUUUUUGAAAAUGCCAGCCGUAGCAAACAACUGUUUCUCUAAUCCGCAACCACAGUCUUUCACCAACUCAAAUUUAUUCGCCAAGGAUUCGGCUGAUUCCAAAUCCAAAUUCGGGUCUAUUUUUGGGAAUACAGCUCCCACGCCUUCGAUCUUUGGUUCGACUCCCUCACCAUUCGGCUCAUCGAACACAACUGCGGAGGCUUUGCAAAAGGACGAGGAAGGAGAUGAUGAUGAUCAGCCGCGUGUCGUUGAGGUCAAACCGAUGAUCGAGGAAGGAGCCAAGUACACCACUAGGUGUAAGGUUUUCAUUAAGAAAGAAGACAACUCGUACGGAGACAAAGGUGUGGGAACCUUGUCUUUAAAAGGCCUUGAAAACUCCAACAAAUCUCAGCUUGUGGUGAGAGCAGAAUCAACUCUGGGGAAUAUUCUUGUAAAUGUGCUACUUUCAAAAGAUCUCCCCAUCCAACGCACUGGAAAGAAUAACGUCCUGAUAGUUUGUCUGCCCACCCCUGAUUGUGAGCCACCUCCAAAGGUUGUCCUCUUGCGUGUAAAAACAGAAGAUGAUGCUGAUAAACUUUGUGAAGUGUUGAAGAAUGCCCAAGCGUAAAUGUUCAGUAAGUAAUUGUAGAAUCCAUCAUCAGUAAUUGUACAUCACAAUUGAACAUUUUGCUCGCAAACUGCAAAUUGUGAGCUGCUUUCAAUGGUUGUAUGCUCGCAUGUAAA